AUGGAAAACUAUACCACAGUGACUGAGUUUGUUCUAGUUGCCUUCCCUGUGCUCCAGGAGCUGCAGACUUUCCUCUUUGUGGUCCUCUUGUUAACAUACAUGCUAACCAUAGCAGGAAACAUCAUCAUCAUUUCCCUGAUCUGGACUGAUUAUCGUCUCCACACCCCAAUGUAUUUCUUCCUCAGUAACUUGUCUUUUUUGGACAUACUGUUCACCACUGUCAUAGCCCCUAAGUUGUUGGCCUGUCUCCUUAAUGACAGAAAAACCAUCUCUUUUGCAGGCUGCAUCACUCAAACAUAUUUCUAUUUCUUCCUGGGCACAGUUGAGUUUAUCCUUCUGGCUGUGAUGUCAUUUGACCGCUAUGUUGCAAUCUGCAAUCCUCUGCGUUACACUAUCAUAAUGAACAGCAGAGUCUGCCUCUUGCUAAUUCUGGGUUGCUGGAUUGGAGCUUUCCUCUCAGUUCUGUGUCCGGCUAUUGUGGUGUCUAGGUUGCCCUAUUGUAACAAGGAGAUUAGCCACUUCUUUUGUGACAUUGCCCCUCUGUUACAAAUUGCCUGUAUAGACACUCAUCUCAUCGAGAUUAUCAACUUCCUUUUGUCUUCGGUGGUUGUCCUGAGCUCCUUGGUCCUCACCAUUGUGUCCUACAGCUACAUCAUUACCACCAUCUUGCGUAUUCCUUCGGUCCAAGGCCGCCAGAAGGCCUUUUCCACCUGCGUCUCUCACAUUACAGUUGUCUCCAUUGCCUAUGGAAGUUCCAUUUUCAUGUAUGUGAGACCUAAUCAGAGCUAUUCAUUGGAUUUUGACAAAGUAACUGCUGUUUUUACCACGGUGGUGACCCCUCUUCUGAAUCCCUUCAUUUACAGCUUAAGGAAUGAAAAAGUAAAAGAAAUCCUAAGAGAAAGCAUCACCAGAGUCAUUUUCUCAUUUCCACGAAGAUCUUGA